UGCCCUUGGCAGGAAUCUCUGUUGGGAGAGAUGGCAAUGAGCCCAGGUCCUUUGCUGUUGGUGUUUGUGCUGGGUCUGUUUGCGACCCCUCCGACUCUGGCUCAGAAUAAUCCCAGGUACAAAAAAUUCCUGACUCAGCACUAUGAUGCCAACCCAACGGGCCGGGACGACAGAUACUGCGAAAGAAAGAUGAAUGAAAGACACCUAACCUCGCCCUGCAAGGAUGUCAACACCUUUAUUCAUGACAGCACGAACAACAUCAAGGCCGUCUGUGGAGAGAAAGGAAGCCCUUACGGAGAAAACCUCAGAAUAAGUGAUUCUCCCUUCCAGGUCACCACUUGCAAGCACAGGGGAGGGUCUCCCCGGCCUCCAUGCCGGUACCGAGCCUCUUCAGGGUACAGACGUAUUGUUAUUGCCUGUGAGAAUGGCUUCCCUGUCCACUUAGAUGAGUCUGUUAUCAAUGUGUAGUCAGCUGACCCCUGGCACAGACCUGGCUCUGAUUUCUUUUUAUCUCCCCUCAUAGCCCAGAACACUGGUUCCUGUGUUCACUGUCAGGGGCCAGAAAAUGAAUCAUCUGAAACAUAUGUCUCCUGAUUUACAAUGCACAG